AUAGAUCGUCACUGAGCGGAAAUGGCCUCGGAAUCCUCACUCGGUGAUCGGAAGCAAGUGAAGAAUUGAAUUUACAUGAAAACACAGCUCCACGAUAAAACAUGUCUACGAUCCGAGAAGGGCAUCUCAGAGAUCUUCCUCAUCCAAGUCUAAAUGAAGUUCUCAAAUCUAACACUUACAGCGCUAUCAAACUUCUUAAGACAGUUGGUGAAUUUGCCCACAAGGUUGCCUCCCUUAAAGAGCAGUUAGGAAACCAGCUGCUGUCUGUUGUGGAAUCAUUCCGGAAGAAGAACACUGAAAUGAAGAGAGACAGAUCUGCUUUAAGCAGUGCUUUUAGUUGCUGGGAAACCCUGCUUGGAGAAUAUGAAAAACAAGCACAGGAUAUGUUGAAGAUAUCAUCGAGUCUUGCAAGACAAGUCAAUACUGCAGCUUUUGAGGAGGUUAUCAAGAAAAAAGCUGCCACAAAGAAGAUAUUUUCGUUCAGAGAGAGUGGUGAAAAUCAGAUUGAAAAGGCGGAUGAAGUUUUACAGAAGUGUCAUAAAGAAUAUUCAGAGGCUUGUUCUAAACUAGCAAAAUUACAAAGCACUGGAGCAGAAGCAGCAAAGCAAGAACAUGUUCAGACACUGUGUCGCAACACACACAAUGCCUACGUACUUCAGCUUAAUUCUGUCAAUAACAUGAACAGGGUGUUCUACUCGUCAACACUUCCACAGAUGCUGAAUGUAAGUACUUUAAACUACAAAAGUGGCUGUAAUGUAGGUACACCUGUAGACUCAAAUAACUUCACUCUACUCUGUCAGCCUUAUAAGGUUUUGGUUUCUGAAACCCAAAUUAACUCCUCAGGCAACCACUAUCAGAUAGUCAGCAGCGUGCAAAGAUUGGAAAGCAUACAAAAUAUGUUCCAGCUCAUGAAUACUAGGGAAGAUAUCUCAACGUUUGUACAAGCUAACAACCCAGGGAAUUAUACCUCACCAGUCAAGAGUUUUCACAAACCAGAGGAGAGCCAGGCAUUGAAUGUAGUAGACAACAAGCUGUAUUUGGUGGAUGUGACAGAACCUGUCCUCAAAAGAAAAUACAUCGCUCUCCAGAUAAAGUUACGGAACUUUGAUACAUCAAUUAAAAGAGAUCAUGAGGCCGUCAAAUCCCUCAAACAGUUACAAGAAAGCUAUUCACAAAACCCAUCAUACGGAAAUGCCGCAGAAGUCGAGGAGGAUCUGUUAAAGCAAAAGAAUGAACUGAGAGUUAAAGAAUGGCUUUGUUCUGUUGCUAAGGAACAGACUAAACUUUUCACAACGGAAGUUCUAAACAGACUUCAAGUCACCGAAGAUGAUCUCCAAGAUGAAACCAUCAGUGAUGAUGAGACUGUGGCAGAAAAAUUGGACAAAAGGCAAAGUGUUGUCAGCACGAGAGGAAAGAAAAUUAGGAAAGCUGGGCAACACCAGUUUGAAGAACACACGUUUAAGAAACCAAAAUUCUGUUACUAUUGUAAAGGACUCAUAAAAGGAUUAAUUCGACAGGGUGCACGGUGUAAAGCUUGUAAAAUGAGUGUUCAUCACAAGUGCCGUGACAAUGUGCCAUACUGUCCUGGUGAUAGGUCUACAAAGGGACAGUCACUUCGGAUACAACGCAAUCAAGAUGACGAUUCAGAUGGUCCCGUGUAUAGUGAUGUUGAUGAUGCCCCUACCCCACCCCCUCACAGGAGGGCGCUGGGUCCGUCGGCAUCGUUACCCGCUUACAGGACAGAUCACGAUUUUUAUGAUGCGGUAGAGGCGAUGAUUCCGUCAUCAGGAACGAAGUGCUGUGUGGCUCUAUAUGAUUUCAAUGGCGAAAAUGACGGAGAUCUUAAGCUAUGUGCUGGGGACAAAGUCAACGUUAUUAACAGUGCGGAUGAAAAUUGGUGGGAGGGUUCAACUAAAGGUCAAACGGGGUUCUUUCCAGCUUCGUACGUACAGGUUAUUUCCCGUGAUGACGUCAUUCUUCGUUGUUUGUUCGAUUUUUCUGGUCAAGAAGGAGAUGAGUUGACGAUUCAAGCAAAUCAGAUUGUCGUUCAAGUCAGAGACGAAGGCAAUGGUUGGAUAGUUGGCAAAACGGGCUCUGUGGAGGGGGCCUUCCCAGCGUCAUACGUGGAACAGCUUCGGAAUAAUGGUCCAGAUUAGUCACAGACCACGAAAUUAAAUUAAGGGUGUUAGUGUAAUCCCAUAAGGGAUUUUAAAGCGAGACACACGAGUGUGGCAAAUGGGCAAGUAAGCAUUGCGUGUUGUGUCUGGGAAUAUUAAGUCAUUUUUGCAAUAGACAAAUUAAAAUUCAAUUCAUGGUACCAGACAUGAAAGGAUAAACGAAAUAAUAACAAGGAUUGUUUAUACUGUGAAACACUGACAACUUGACAGGUUCACCUUUAAUUUAGUGUUGUUGCUUAUUGAAGACUCGAACUGAAAGUAUUUUGAACUUCAUCAGCAAAAUAAGGGAGGAGUCGGUACUCGACUUAUAAAGUGAAUGAAAAACUCACAGGAAAGAUAGAGUUAUAGUUAGCUAGCCUGCGAGAAGGCGUCACGUUGGAGCACAAGCGCGCGCGGCGUAGCCGCGAGCGCGAAAUCGACCGGGGAAGCCGCGAGACGAGAA